UACGAAAGCACGUGUCAACAAUAUAAAAAUAUUUUGUAUUCUAAGGAAUAAUACUUUAAUUAUGAAAAGUAACAAUUUUCUAUAUAUUUGAUGAAUAUUUUAACUUAAAACAAAAUUACGAAAAAUGGCAAAAAAAUUAAAAAUCAGUGCAAUUAAAAGAAGUAAUCAAAGAAGGACCAAACUUACACGGCAAGGAAAACUUAAAACAAGAAGACAUAAACCAGUUAAAAAACAAAUUCAGAAGACAGUAGUUCCACAUGUAGAAUCUGUGGAAGAAGAAAGUGACCAUGGUGAAGAUCUUAUGGAUAUGGUCGAAGAAGAUGAUCUAGAAUUUCUAAGAGAAGCUAUUUCUAAUAAAUCUUAUAAUUUAUUGAAUCAAAUACAUUUAAAUGGGACAGUUAAUAAUAAAAAGAAUAAUAGAAAUAAGGAGAAGAAAGAUGAAGACACAUUAGAAGAAAAAUAUGAAAAUAGUAUGUCAAAGAUAAAAGAAAAAGAAGGUGUAAAGAAGGUUCGUAUGUUGCUUCCAACAAAAACUCAAAAUGGAGUUAUAGAGAAAAGAUUGAUUGAAGAAAUUAAAGAUGAUGAAAAUGAGUCUGAUGAUAAACAUGAUACUGAAGAUGGUGAUAUGGAAAUAGAAUCAAAUAUAUAUAAUGAAGAUGAUGAUAAAACCAAAAAGCCUGUAUCUAUAAUAGAACUAUUAGCAUGUCGCAAGGAAGUAUUGAGAUCUAAACGUUUAAAAAUUGGAUUAUUAUCUAGCACUCUUUUAGAAACUCCAGAAACUAAAUGUGAAAAUUUUAAAACACUGUUAGAAUUAAUGGAAGAUACUAAUCCAGAGGUAUACAUUACUGUGAGAAAAUUAGCAACCGUUUCUUUAUUAGAAGUUUUUAAAGAUUUGUUACCAUCUUAUCAAAUUCUUCAAAUUCAACAAGAAGGUCUAAAAUUAAAGAAAGAAACACUUGCAUUACAAAAUUAUGAAGCUACAUUAUUAAGAUAUUAUAGACGUUAUCUACAGAAGCUAGAAAAAAUGACUAAUAUACUAAGGAAGAAGAAGGGAGAUAUUCGACAAAUAAAAAAACAAGAACUUGAAUUAGGGAAAGUUGCAAUAACAUGCAUGUGUGAUCUUUUAACCAUUCAUCUCUACUUUAAUUAUUCUAUUAAUAUAGCAAAUUUUCUUAUACCAUUCUUAGAUAACAAAUAUGAAUUUGUAAGACAAGAGGUCUUAAAAUGUAUUUCUCAAGUAUUUAAAGAAGACAAACGUGCAGAAUUAUCUCUUAAAAUAGUACGUAAAUUAAAUCAGUAUAUAAAAUUAAAAGCUCAUUCUGUUCAUUAUGAGGUUUUGUUGGUACUUCUAUCCCUUCGUAUAAAAGAUGCAAAUUUAGAUAAAGAAAAAGAAGAAGAGACUAAACAAAAAAAGCUUAUGUCUCAUAAACAAAGAAUUCUUGCUUUAAGUAAACGGGAAAGGAAGAAAAAUAAAAAGCUGGAACAAGUAGAAAAAGAAUUACUUGAAACUAAAGCAGAAGAGAAUAAACAAUCAAAACAAAAGUUACUUACUGAAAUAACAAAUAUAGUAUUUACGAUUUAUUUUAGAAUUUUGAAACAAGCUCCAAAUAGUAAAAUUUUAUCCAUUUGUUUAGAAGGACUAGCAAAAUUUGCACAUUGCAUAAACUUAGAUUUUUAUCAAGAUUUAGUAACUGUUAUAAAUAAAUUAAUGGACGAAGGUAAUUUAAGUUUAAGAGAUCAAUUACAUUGUAUACAAUGUGUAUUUACAAUAUUAUCAGGACAAGGUUCAGCAUUGAAUCUUGAUCCUUACAGGUUUUAUGCACAUUUAUAUAAGAAUUUAUUAAAUAUUCAUUGUGGUAGAACUCAUUUAGAAACAGAAAUUCUUAUAAAGAUAUUAGUCCAAGCACUAAUUUAUAGAAGAAAGAGAAUUACACAAAAUCGUUUGAUUGCAUUUAUCAAAAGAAUAGCUACUCUAACUUUACAAUUACAACAUAAUUCGGCACUUGGUAUUCUUGGUCUUAUAAGGCAAACUAUGCAACUUGGUAAAACAGCAAAUAUUUUGUUGGAUACUGAUUGUACCACCGGAAAUGGUUCCUACCAAGCAGAAUUAGAAGAACCAGAGUAUUGUAAUGCACAGUGUUCAGCAUUAUGGGAACUUGCAGCUUUACAACGCCAUUAUCACAGUAUUGUACAAAAGAUGGCAAAAAAUAUAGCUUGGGAUGUACCACCAACGGGUGAAGGCAGUUUAUCUCCAGAAAUUGCUAAACUUUCUCCAGAAGAACUUCAUACUGUCUUUGAUCCUACUGAUGUUGUAUUUAAACCAGCAGUGUCAGUUCCUAAAAAGACAAGUGUUAAAAGAACAAUAACAACUCAUUAUUUUAUAAAUAGUGACUUCAAGAAAUAUAUUAAUACUAUAAAUAAUACUGAGUUAUUUGCAAACGGAUAUAUAGAUUUUUAUAAAGCUUGUAACAAAUAA